AUGAACGUAAGGGCAAAGAUUCAAGAUCUCUUCCAGUGGUUUAAAAACUACUCCUUUCAGCCACGCAGCAAAGAUGUACGAGAGAGUUGCAAAUUGAUGUAUGAUGUGGAAGUGGUAGAGGGCAUCGUCAAAAUCUUCAUAGAUUGGUCGUCUCUCGAUGAGAUCCACUCCAUCUGCCGAACAUUCUACGAUGCUUACUUGUCUGGCGACAAAAAAUCCAAAUUCUUUGUCACUCUCCUACUCCCCACUAUGCUGCAUACUUACCUCCUUCGUCUCAGUGUCGAGAAAUUGGCCCUCGUAGAAAAAGCGACUGGAGGAGCGAAGCCCCCCUCAUCACCAUUUAGACGAUCGUCUCAUCUAUUUUUCACCGUAGGUGAUGGUCCUCCCAUGACUAACAAUCCCCUCGAAUCCCUCGCAUUCCUUCUCUCCGAAUUCUGCCAACUUGCACCCGCUUUCGUUCGAUGUCCUGAACUCUAUGCCAAUGGGUCAGGUAGCUUGCCAGAUUACCGAGUUCCCUCCGUCUACCACACUCCCCCAUUCAAUAUCUCCAAGCCUGUCCCACAGCCAAAAAUGACGAAUAAUUCCUCUACCUCCACAAUUAAAUUCAAUACAACACCCUCAGCUUUGACAAGUGGAACCACCUCCCAAUCCUCGUCAACAUCUUUUUCUGACAUUGAUACAUCAUGUAUAGUGAGAAUUUAUGUGGAUGCUAUGGCUAGGCAGUUUGUGGAAGGCACAGAGGAACAGCAGGCUGUCGUAUUACUCUCAAUCAAGACCUACUGUGAUAUGGUAGAACGCUUGACAACAUUGAAUAAUCGAAGGGUUCUCCCUUGUGCUCAUCAUCAGCAUUUAACGCUGAUGAUUGAGUUGGCUAUUGGACUUGAUAAAUUGCUCUACAUAUUAGAUUUCGAUCUUGUUCAACUUAUGGAUCAGAAAACUGAUGUUUCGAAGCAGAUGGAGGGUCUCCGUGAUCAAAUGGUAAAAGUGCUACUUCCGAAACUUGAGCGAUACGCAAGUUACCACUGCUUCGCCUCUGUCUUAUUGGUUGUGGGUGCUGUUCGAAACGCCUGGCGUCUUCGUCUAAACACCCCCACAACCGCCAACGUCGUUGCAUUGGUCCCUCUAUAUCGACGAGUCCGUCUCACAUCCGAUGAUCUCAACGACGUUUCCACUUCCUCAAACUCUGAUGAAGCUAGUGGAAAUUCUGCAGAUCCGGUUUAUGCUCACCCUGGAGGACAUCGACCUUCCAUUUUCACUAAUGCUAACUUCAAAGCUGAACCCGUCGCAGAAGAUAUUCCCAUCGCUGAUGCACAUUCUUAUGACCAAACAGGUAAGCGAAAACGUCAUCUUCUUCACAACCACAAAGAACCCGCCGCUUCACACAGCCGACAUCUUCAUCAAAUUUAUCCCCAUGAGGACAAACCAGAUGGGUUUGGUGGUGACUGGGUAAUAGCUAGGAGUGCAGAGAAUCUUCACAAAGCACUGUCUCCGUCGACACAAAGUCUUAACCACGAUAGCAUACCUUAUUAUAGGCGGUUUUGGAGCAGAUCUCGGACUGGAAAAUAA